AUGCCUUCCGUUGCUCAGUCAGUUGGUGCUUCCCGUCAGAAUUCACCCAAUGCAGGAAGAUUGAAACUAGGGGGUUCAUGCCUAGAAGUAGGAAUGAUUGUGUUGAGGGAGGCCAUCAAAUUCGCCUACCAACAAGGCGUCAAUGAGGCUGUUUUUGAAGGACAGACAAUAAAAAUCUUCAAGCUGUUGAAAGAGGAUUGUGAUUUAGCUGUUGCGAGCUCCUCGCUUUUCGCUAGAUCUGUGCCCUCUAGCUGUAGAAUUUUUUUGGCCUAUCGAAAGAUCCUUGUGGCUCCGGAUCCCUCCAAUCCAGCUGGUCGUUGGGAUGAGCCUGCAAUCCCUCAAUCCUGGGACCAGUUCUAG